GUCUGCUAGUCCUCUUCUACCAGGCCGAUCCAACAUGGGACGAGUCAGGACCAAGACGGUGAAAAAGGCCGCCAGGGUCAUCAUUGAGAAAUACUACACCCGGCUGGGCAGCGACUUCCACACCAACAAGAGGGUGUGUGAGGAGAUCGCCAUCAUCCCCAGCAAGAAGCUCCGCAACAAGAUCGCCGGGUAUGUGACACAUCUGAUGAAGAGGAUCCAGAGGGGUCCAGUCAGAGGAAUCUCCAUCAAACUGCAGGAGGAAGAGAGAGAGAGGAGGGACAACUACGUACCAGAGGUGUCUGCUCUGGACCAGGAGCUCAUUGAAGUUGAUCCUGACACCAAGGAGAUGCUGAAGCUGCUGGACUUCGGCAGUCUGUCCAACCUGCAGGUCACCCAGCCCACCGUCGGCAUGAACUUCAAGCAGCCCCGAGGAGUCUAGACGUCUGUAAAGUAUCUUCCUAAUAAAACCCUUUGGGACAAAAAACUCUGCUGUUCAGGACUGUUGAUUUGUGGCCGCCUCAGUUUUACAUGUUUGACCCUCCAAACCCAACCGGCAAUAAAUUAUUUUUGCUUUUUACAUAAUGUGGAUUUAGAGACGGAAGCAUGUCUGAAUAAACGAGGAGAAAACUGAA